GAACCGUUAGCGGGACCCGACGUGUUGUUGUUCCUACCUGCAAUAACGCUCGCCGAGGGUAGUCGCACCUUUUCUACACCGUAAACGGGAAGACUGCUGCUACAACCCUACCAAGGAGUCAUUCGACGCACUGUGAAGUGCCUCGACCGUCGGACACCCUGCCCUCUUUACUAGCCAGUGUGCAACUCCAUUGUGGAUCCCCAGCCCCAGCGAGUGGUGGGGGAGGCAGAGCCAGAGGCUGAGGCAGCCUGAGGCAGAGGGCCCCGUGCUAGCAGGGCCAUGAGCACCACUGGGUACCAGCAGCAGCAGGGGGGUGUUCGGACACGCCGAGGGCCAGUCAAGGAGAGGGAUCCUGGGCAGGGUGUGGGCAUGGAGGCGGCCUGCUGGCUGGCCCCUGGAGCCCUGCGCAGGCUGAUUGAGCUGCCCACUCCCCCGCUCGACCGCCAACAGCUGAAGAGACUGGAGGAACACAGGUACAGCAGUACAGGUCGCUCCCUGCUGGAGCCUCUGAUGCAGCGUUACUGGGAGUGGCUGGUGGGCCGUGUGCCCGCCUGGAUCGCCCCCAACCUCAUCACCAUCGUGGGUCUGGCCACCAACGUAUUCACCACCCUGGUGCUGGUCUACUACUGUCCCACCGCCACUGAACAGGCACCUCUGUGGGCAUAUCUGCUGUGUGCGGUGGGCCUGUUUGUGUACCAAUCAUUGGAUGCCAUUGAUGGGAAGCAGGCCAGACGAACUAAUAGCAGCUCUCCGCUGGGUGAACUGUUUGACCACGGCUGUGACUCCCUCUCCACAGUGUUUGUGGUCCUGGGCACCAGUAUAGCAGUGCAGCUGGGCACCAACCCUGACUGGAUGUUUUUCUGCUGUUUCGCUGGCAUGUUCAUGUUCUACUGUGCCCAUUGGCAGACCUAUGUCUCCGGCACCCUGCGCUUCGGCAUAUUUGACAUUACAGAGUUACAGAUCUGUCUAGCGCUGUUACAGAUGCUGACAGCCACUGUAGGCCCCUUCCUGUGGAACGUGACGAUCCCAGUCAUAAACAUACAGAUGAAAAUAGUUCCAGCCAUCUGCACUUUCUUAGGGGCUAUCUUUUCCUGUACUAAUUACUUCCGGGUUAUAUUUACCGGAGGUGUGGGCAAAAAUGGAUCCACAAUAGCAGGAACCAGUGUCCUGUCUCCUGUGUUACAUAUAGGCUCUGUAAUAAUCCUGGCCAUGAUGAUCUAUAAGAAGUCAGCUAUCCAGCUCUUUGAGAAGCACCCCUGUGUUUAUAUCCUGGCCUUUGGCUUCGUGUCGGCCAAGAUCACCAACAAAUUAGUUGUAGCACAUAUGACAAAGAGUGAGAUGCAUCUACAUGAUAUAGCAUUCCUGGGGCCAGGCCUGCUGUUCCUGGACCAGUAUUUCAACAGUUUUAUUGAUGAAUACCUGGUGCUGUGGAUUGCAAUGAUCCUGUCUUUCGUUGACUUGGUGCGUUACUGUGUCAGUGUUUGCAACCAGAUCGCCUCCCAUCUUCACAUCUUUGUCUUCAGAAUCAAGCCACUGACCCCCUCCACCCUUCAGUGAGGACACGGACGCCAUUACACUCUUUCGCGCUCUCUUCUCCCCCCCCCUCUUUCUCUCUCUGCCCUUUCUUUCUCUCAGUCUUUCUUCAUGUUAGAUGGCUAGUCGUCGCUCUCUUUACCCUUUUUAAAAUGUGUUGGGGUGGAUCUAUUACCAGUAGAGGUUCAAACCAAGUGAAUAAGGGGAUAGAUGAAAUAUAAUGAGGUGUUAUUAUUAAGUUAUUUUCCAUCGCUGCUUUGUGCAAUUUGUGUUGAUUUAAUCUUGUUACAGUAGUCAGAUUCCUGGACAAAAAUAAUUUGUCCCUUUUUCUGCAAUGAAUGGUCACAUAGGAAAUGUACUGAGUGCUCUCCUCUGUGCGAGAGAGGGUCAAUUAGUGCAAGAAGACUGCAAUGGGCUUGAAUAGGUGCUACCUUAUUCAUUUAAUAAGUUUGUUAUUGAACUUUAAAACAAACAUUUAAUGUGUUGAUGGUGUUUGUUCGUUCUCUACAAGGAACUGUAGAGCAUAGGAAGUCAUUUACACAGGAUGUCGGUCUGCUUUCAGUUUUGUUUUGGAGGAGUGUUGUCUUUAUUAUAUAUAGAUAGAUGGAUAGGUAGAUCAUUUUGUAAUAUUUGCAUAACCUCACUUUUCAAUUUCAUAAAUAUCUAACUAUUGUCUAUUAUUUCAAAAUUCCUCACCUGGCAUAUCUAUCAAUCUUGCAUAAGUGGUGUUAUUAACCUUGCAAUAAUUAUGAUUGAAUUUAAAUUAUGAUGCUUCUGUAAAACAUUACAUAUGUAAACAACAUGUUAUUUUAGGGUGCCCCCGAUCAAUGGCUUAAAACAAAUUAUUGUAAAGGAUACAAAUAGUGUCUCGAGCCUUGCUUCCCUCAAAUUGCUCAAGCAUUUGUCUCCAAAGCCACAAACAUUACACAACACUUAUAGCACCACAUGCAGGAUUGCUAGUGGUUGUCUUGGGCAUACUAUUCUGUAUAUCCUGUCUAAUAUUGCUUUUGAAAAAGUUAUAGUUUAAUGUUUAACAUAUAUGUAUUUUUUUAAUCUGCAGUUUUCUUGCUUUUCAAUUUUGUAGCCGUUUAUAAUGUUCUUGUCCUGUUGCACCUCUGCCCUCUCAGAUACUGAAGCGUUGCAUUUUGCUCCAAAUGCUCAACGAAAACUAAAAUGCCAAGUAUUGAUGACCCUUAAUGAAGAAAAGUAUUGAUGUGAUAUUGUCCCAAAAAAGUAGUAAUUCUAAAGAUGUUGUUUUGACUGCUGUCCAGCAGUUUUUCUGCUAGUGUUUGUUCAAUGGUGUGCCUGAUGUGAAACCUCUCUCUAACUGAAGAAGACCUACAGUACUCCAAUACUAGCAUGUGGACAACCACAGCUAAAUGACAAUUAGUGGUUUUAGUCCUACGGCCUGUUUCUAAAUGUUUUUUUAUUAGUCUACAUAUAAAAAAUUAAUCUAUACAUAAUGUGUUUAAAGUUGAUUUUGACUGUUAAUGUGGGGCUGUCCAAAGCGUGUUCAUAUCUAGAAUCUAAGGACAUGUUUUAAGUUUACUUAAUUAUUUUCUAAUUUCUUUUAAAAUUACCUUCUAACACAAGAACAACUUUACACUAACAACUUUCUUUGUGUAGCACGUUCUGCACUGUGCCAGGUCCACAUACAGCAAUUAAGUGUUUUGGGAGAAUUGAGCUUUAGUGUGAAACAAAAAGAAUAUUCUGACUCUGCCCUAAUCAUAUUUGUCUGUACUACAUUUUUGCAUCUAUACCUGCAGUCUGCUUAUAAUUCACUCAUCAGAAUCAAUAGAAACUAUAAUUUCAAUGAAAAACAUACUUUUAUUUCUGUGUGUAAUGUUGUUGGCCUGUAAGUUACUGAGCUCAUACAACAAUGUGUGCGUAUAGUUGCUGAUGUCAAGUCAGUGCUCUCAUUGUACUAGUCAUUCUCGGACAAGUAAAAGGUUGCCUUAAACACAGUUUCUGUUUUAUUUUCUGUUGUAUGAUGGUCAAGCCUCUUAAAACAAUUGAGGGUCAUGUUAUCUCUGUGUGUUUGUACUGGCAAAGGCUUGUGUUUUCGCUCUUGUUACUGUUUUAUUUUGGCCAGACUGUCAAGCUCAGGUAUAUUAGUUUUCAGACAAGUAUGUUCAUAGGUUGCGACAAAAGAACAAGAUCACUCGACAAUCUCUCCCUCACUAAUGCAAAUAAAAUGUCAUAUUCACAGAUGUAA